UGGGGUCCAUCAUGCCGGGGUCCUUCGCCGAUGGUUUCCCACGUGAAUGUUGGAGCAUGAUAGUCUGCUGUAAACGAGGCGAAGUUUUAUUGCCUAAAAAUUGUAUAUAAGAAUUGAACAGCGUAUUUUGUUUUAUCGGUGGAACAUUUGAGGGUUCAUUUGGGAAGCAAUGGCAACUUUUCGGAAGAAGGUGGACAAUCGCAUUCGAGUCCAGAUAGAAAACGGCGUCUCACAGCACCAUCGAUCGAUGUUCGUGAUAGUUGGUGAUCGUGGCAGAGAUCAGGUUGUCGUUCUGCACCACAUGCUGUCUAAAGCAACAGUCAGAGCACGGCCAUCAGUGUUGUGGUGUUACAAAAAAGAGCUUAGCUUCAGCAGUAAUCGAAAGAAGAGGAUGCGACAGCUGCAGAAGAAGAUCAAAACAGGCACACUGAACCUAAACAAGGAUGAUCCUUUUGAGCUCUUCGUUGCUGCUACCAACAUCCGAUACUGCUACUACAACGAAACGCACAAGAUCCUGGGAAACACCUAUGGGAUGUGUGUUCUGCAGGACUUUGAAGCUCUCACUCCCAACCUCUUGGCUCGGACCAUUGAGACUGUGGAGGGUGGAGGCAUUGUGGUCAUUCUUCUGAGGUCUAUGAACUCACUGAAGCAGCUGUACACAAUGACAAUGGAUGUUCAUUCUCGAUACAGGACAGAGGCUCACCAGGAUGUUGUUGGAAGGUUCAACGAAAGAUUCAUCCUGUCUCUCUCCUCCUGUAAGACAUGUGUUGUGAUUGAUGACCAACUCAACAUACUGCCAGUCUCCACUCACAUUACUAACAUCAAACCUGUCCCUCCAAAGACGCAGGAUGAUGGACUGUCUCCAAGGGAACAAGAGCUAAAGGACCUAAAGGAGUCUUUACAGGACACACAGCCAGUUGGUGUUCUAGUGGACAGCUGUAAAACUAUGGACCAGGCCAAAGCAGUGCUGAAGUUCAUCGAGGCUAUUUCAGAGAAGACCUUGCGGAGCACUGUAGCUCUUACUGCUGCCCGCGGUCGAGGCAAAUCUGCUGCACUGGGAUUGGCUGUAGCCGGAGCUGUUGCAUUUGGUUAUUCAAAUAUUUUUGUCACAUCACCCAGCCCAGACAAUCUGCACACGCUGUUUGAGUUCGUAUUUAAAGGUUUUGACGCUCUCCAGUAUCAGGAACAUCUUGACUAUGAAAUAAUCCAGUCUUUGAACCCAGAGUUUAACAAAGCCGUGAUUCGGGUUAACAUCUUCAAGGAACAUCGCCAGACCAUUCAGUACAUUCACCCUGCUGAUGCGGUGAAGUUAGGCCAGGCUGAGCUGCUAGUCAUCGACGAGGCUGCUGCGAUCCCGCUGCCUUUAGUGAAGAAACUGCUGGGACCUUACCUUGUGUUUAUGGCAUCUACGAUCAACGGGUAUGAGGGCACUGGUCGCUCUCUGUCUCUUAAGCUGAUUCAGCAGUUAAGGCAGCAGAGUGCAGACAGUCAGCUGAACCUCUCGGCUGAGAACAGAAACACCAGCACAGUCAAACUGGCAGCAGCACGCACUCUUCAUGAGGUGACCCUGCACGAGUCUAUCCGCUACGGCCAGGGGGACGCUGUGGAGAAAUGGCUGAAUGAUCUGCUUUGCUUGGAUUGCCUGAGUGUACCACGCAUCAUCUCAGGCUGCCCUUUACCCCAGACAUGUGAUCUUUAUUAUGUGAAUCGAGAUACAUUGUUUUGUUAUCACAAAGCUUCUGAGACUUUCCUCCAGCGUCUUAUGGCUCUUUAUGUAGCAUCGCAUUACAAGAAUUCACCCAAUGACCUUCAGAUGCUCUCGGAUGCUCCUGCUCACCAUCUCUUUUGCCUGCUGCCCCCUGUCCCACCCACACAGAACUCACUCCCAGAGGUCUUAGCAGUCGUCCAGGUGUGUCUGGAAGGAGAGAUCUCCCGCCAAUCCGUCCUCAACAGCUUGUCCAGAGGGAAGAAAGCUUCAGGUGACCUCAUUCCGUGGACCAUUUCGGAACAGUUCCAAGACCCUGAGUUUGGAGGCCUCUCUGGGGGCCGGAUUGUCCGUAUUGCGGUGAAUCCUGAUUAUCAGGGGAUGGGUUACGGCAGCCGUACGUUGCAACUGCUACAGCAGUAUUAUGAGGGUCAGUUUCCUCUUCUGGAUGAGCAAGAACAGACAACGACCAGCACAAUCACAUCCGUGAGCAGUGAGGCUGUCAGUCUCCUGGAGGAGGUGGUGUCUCCCAGGAAACACCUCCCACCGCUGCUGUUGAAGCUGAAUGAGAGGACAGCUGAGAGGCUGGACUACCUCGGGGUGUCUUACGGUCUCACUCCUCAACUACUCAAAUUCUGGAAAAAGGCUGGAUUUGUUCCUGGUUAUUUAAGACAGACUCCAAAUGACCUGACGGGAGAGCACUCCUGCAUUAUGCUGAAGGAGCUCAAUGCUGAGGAGUCUACAGACCAAAACCAGUGGCUCUCAGCUUUUUGGAAGGAUUUCCGGCGGAGGUUCCUCUCCCUGCUAUCCUUCCAGUUUAACAAAUUUAGCCCGACCCUGGCCCUCAACAUACUGCAGAACAAGAACGCUAAGGACGACAGCCCAGCAGCACUUACCAGUGCAGAGUUAGUGGCCACAUUCACUCCAUACGACCUGAAGCGCUUGGAGAUGUACUCAAGAAACAUGGUGGACUAUCACCUCAUCAUGGACAUGAUCCCUGUUAUUGCACGCAUGUUUUUCCUCAAACAAUUGGGAAACAUCACACUUUCUGUUGCCCAGUGUGCUUUGUUGUUGGGAAUUGGGCUUCAACACAAGAGUAUAGAUGAGCUGGAGAAGGAGAUUGAGCUGCCUGGUUCUCAGCUUAUGGGCCUGUUCAAUCGUGUCAUCCGUAAAGUGGUGCAGUUCUUCAACACUCUUCAGGAAAAAGCAGUUGAAGCAGAGAUGGUGGCUACCAAAGAUAUAAGCAUGGAACCAACUGUGCAGACACUUAAUGAAGAUCUGAAUGAGGCAGCCAAAGAGUUCCAAGACAAACACAAAAAUGACAUGGAGAAGAUUAAAGACAUGAAUCUUUCAGAGUAUAUGAUUCGAGGAGAUGAUGAGGAAUGGGACCAAGUGUUGAAGAAAGCAGGACAUACAGCUAUUGUUAGCAUAAAAAGUGACAAGAAAAGAAAACUGGAAGGAACGAACCAGAAAGAACAAUGGCAAAGCAAGAAGAUUAAGAAAAAUAAGGACAAAAAGGUCAAAUUUGGAAAGAAACCAUAAAGAAAUUAACUUUGAAAUUUUGAAAUGUCUUGGUCUUGCUUCUGUGGUCAGUAGAUUUAUUUAACAGUCCAAAUGGAAAUAUCAUUAUCAGUGAGCAUUUUAAAGACCAAAUUGUCUAA